GUAGGAGCAGGAGGAGGAGGAGAGAAAGGAGAAGGAAAGGAAGGAGGAGGAAGAGGAGGAGGAGGAGAGGCGCUGGGGAGGCGCUCUGGUCGCAGUCAGUGGGCAGCGGAGACUCGGCAUGUCCCUGGCAGGGGAGAGCGGGCUGUCCCCAGCGGGGCCAUGGGGACCCGCGCUCUGACAGUGCCUGGGUGAGAGGAGCAGCGCCUGCCACUCUGCCACCUCCACCACCACCUCCUGCACUCAGCUCACCACCGGCCACCAGCCCCAGCCUCCGACUGUCUCUCUCUCUCUCUCUCUCUCUCUCUCUCUCUGCAUUAUUGUUUCCCGCUCUACAGAGGAUGGGGUCGGCUGAUGAUUAGGUCGGAAGCAAGUCAUAUCUUCCUCCAAGGCCUGGUAAUAUUUAUGUAGGCAAAGAGAGAGAGAGAGAGAAAAGAGGGAGAGAGGGAGAGAGAGGGAGAGAGGGAGAGGGAGAGAAGAAACGGGAGGAGGGGAUAAGGAAAUUAAACCCUUUAAGUCAAUGCAUAUUGUGGUGACACCGGCACAGGAGCCCUCACGGUGGAGUCGGCCAGGGCUGUGCGUUCCCAAAAUAUGACCAGGGGUGCUUGGAUGUGUCGGCAGUAUGACGACGGAUUAAAAAUCUGGUUGGCAGCACCCCGGGAGAACGAGAAACCGUUCAUCGAUUCAGAGAGGGCUCAGAAAUGGCGACUGUCUCUGGCAUCUCUCUUGUUUCUCACAGUCCUGCUCUCUGAUCACUUGUGGUUCUGCGCCGAGGCCAAGCUGACCCGCACCCGGGACAAGGAGCAGCAGCAGCGGCAGCAGCAGCAGCAGCAGCGGCAGCGGCAGCAGCGGCAGCGGCAGCAGGAGCCCUCCUGGCCCGCGCUCCUGGCGAGCAUGGGGGAGUCCUCGCCCGCCGCCCAGGCGCACAGACUCCUCUCCGCCUCCCCGUCCCCCACCCUGCCCCCCUCCCCGGGAGACGGCGGCGGCGGCAGGGGCAGCCGAGGCAGAAGCAGCCGGGGCAAGGCUCUCGUUGCAGGAGACUCUGUCAAGCCCGUGUGGCGCCUGGAGACCUGUUACCCCCAGGGCGCAUCCUCGGGCCAGUGCUUCACGGUGGAGAGCGCGGACGCCGUGUGCGCCAGGAACUGGAGUCGGGGGGUGGCGGCCGGGGGGGAGGGGCGGCGGGGGGCGGGGACGCAUCCAGCUCCGCUCUGGAACUUGUCGGAUUUUUACCUUUCGUUUUGUAAUUCCUACACACUUUGGGAGUUGUUCUCGGGGUUGUCCAGCCCCAACACUUUGAACUGUAGUCUGGAUGUGGUGCUCAAGGAGGGCGGUGAGAUGACCACUUGCAGGCAGUGCGUCGAGGCUUACCAGGACUACGACCACCACGCUCAGGAGAAAUACGAAGAGUUUGAAAGCGUGCUCCAUAAAUACUUACAGUCGGAGGAGUACUCGGUGAAGUCGUGUCCUGAGGACUGUAAGAUUGUCUACAAAGCCUGGCUGUGUUCCCAGUACUUUGAAGUCGCACAGCUGAACUGCAGAAAGACAAUUCCUUGCAAGCAAUACUGUUUGGAGGUUCAGACGAGGUGUCCGUUCAUAUUGCCCGACAAUGAUGACGUCAUCUACGGGGGGCUCUCCAGUUUCAUCUGCACAGGGCUCUACGAAACCUUUCUAACCAACGAUGACCCAGAAUGCUGUGACGUCAGGAGAGAAGCAAAGCCCAGCUCGCCCUCCAAGGGGACGGUAGACGGAGGCGGCCCCUGUCCCGGGACGUCGCUCGCAGCCUCAGCGGCGCCCAGGCUGGGCCCCAGCAGACUCAGACUCUGUGUCCUCGUGCUGAUGCUUCUUCACACGGUUCUCACCGCCUCGGCGGCGCACAACGCCACGGCCCUGGGCCUCGGGGGCGUCCACGCGCUGGACGAGCGCUCGGCCAGCGAGGAGUAG